AUGUCAAAGGAUCAAGUAAUCGCCGUUAACGAUGCGGUUCACAAGCUUCAGCUCGCGAUGCUCGACGGAAUCACCGAUCAGAAGCAGCUCAUCGCGGCUCGGAAAUUGAUGUCUAGAUUAGACUACGAGGAUGUGGUCACGGAACGAACGAUCGCUAAGCUCUGCGGUUACCCUCUCUGUCGAACAUCACUACCUUCCGAGGUUUCUAGAAGAGGAAAGUAUCGGAUAUCACUCAAGGAGCACAGAGUCUACGAUUUACAGGAGACCAGAAAGUUUUGCUCGGCGGAUUGUCUUAUUAGUAGCCGAGCGUUCUCGGGGAGUUUGCAAGAGGCACGUACCUCGGAUUUUGAUACUGUGAAGUUGAAUGAGAUUCUCGGUUUGUUUACUGAUUCAGACGUGAAAGAUGCUUUUGAUGUGAGUGAGGAUUUAGGAUUGUCUAAGCUGACGAUUCGUGAAAACUUUGAAGUGAGAGGUGGAGAAUUGUCUCUAGAGCAGUGGAUGGGUCCUUCCAAUGCUGUUGAAGGUUAUGUUCCUAUCGAUAAAAGCAAUUGCAAAUCCACAAAUGGCAAACUGGAUUCCAUGGUUACUCAGAGUAAUCAAGAGAAGAAGAAGGAGGAGAAUCCGCCUUUUAGCGAGAUGGAUUUCACUAGCACAGUUAUUGUUUCUGAUGAGUAUAGUGUUUCAAAGGUUCGACCGCAAACUACACAAGCUUCUCCUGCAAGGGAAUCUGAGGACGGCAAAGGGAAAUCAAUUCCGAGAGAACAAACUCCACUUCCUCCCAAAAAAAUUUCGAGGUUUCGUCGUGAAAAAGAAAGGGACAGGAAGAAUUCUGGAUUUGAUGGUGCGAGCUCAGUUACUAUGAAUGAUGGGCAACUAAAAGGUAAUCUUAAGACUUUGGAUGAGGAAAGUUCUCUAGCAGGAUCCUCGUCUGCUUCAUCUGGGUUUGGUAAGGAUCGUGAAAUGGAGGACAUUAAGAAUUUUGGGUUUGAUGAGAUGGGUUCUGAGAUUUCUGCUAUUAUGAGUGAUGGAUACAGCAUAGAAUACAGUGUCUCUAAGCAGCCACCGUGUUCAAUGGAAGAUCCUCUGAGUUGCCACCUAAAAGGAGGUCUCGAGACUUUGGACAAAAGAAAUGCUCUAAUAGGAUUCUCUUCUGGUUCGAAGACAAAGGACUCCAGUAAAAGAACAGAAAAAUUGGGAAAGAAAGUUAUUUGCAUUGAAUACCAUGCUAAUUCUUCUGAGGAUGCUGACGAAAUCCUUACGGCUGACUCUUGCAAGGGGCCUAAAGCUCAGGAUGUAUGUUCAUCGUGUGAAACCGUCGCUAAAUCGUGCCUUAAAAAUUCUGGCCCUAAGAAGCUUAGGCGUUCAGUUACAUGGGCGGAUCAGAAAGAUGGCUGUAGUGAUCUUUGUGAGUUUAGAAACAAUGAUUGGGAAGCAGGUCAUAAGCUUUCUUUUACUGAUACAAAGGAUGUCGAUAGUGUAUCACGCCUUGCAUUAGCAGAAGCAUGUGCUACGGCAUUGAGCCAGGCUGUCAAAGCUGUUUCUUCAGGGGAGUCAGAUGCAAGUGAUGCCGCUGCGAAAGUUGGAAUCGUUUUGUUGCCAAGUACACAUCAACUCGGUGAAGAGGUUUCUGAGAUGGAUACGGAGGAGGAAAUGAGUGAAGAAGAUGAACCAACUCUUCUGAAGUGGCCAAAUAGGCCAGGGAUUCCAGAUACUGAUUUGUUUGACCGUGAUCAAUCUUGGUUUGAUGGACCUCCAGAGGGCUUCAGUCUAAGCCUAUCAAGCUUCGGUAUGAUGUGGGAUUCACUGUUUGGCUGGGUAUCAGCAUCUUCUCUGGCAUACAUAUAUGGGAAGGAUGCAUCUGCUUAUGAGGAAUUCUUAUCAGUUAACGGGAUUCAGUACCUCCGGAAGGUUAUCCUGGGAGACGGGCUUUCCUCAGAGAUCAAGGAGACAAUUGCUGGGUGUCUUGCACGAGCUUUACCUAGAGUCGCCACUGAUCUCAGGUUGCCAAUUGCGAUAUCCGAGUUGGAAAAGGGACUGGGAAGCUUGUUGGAGACAAUGUCGUUGACAGGGGCAGUUCCAUCAUUUAAGAUGGAGCAAUGGCUAGUAAUUAUCCUUGUGUUCCUAGACGCGUUGUCUGUAUCGCGUAUUCCUCGCAUUGCACCUUACAUUUGCAACAGAAACAAGAUUUUGGAAGGAAGUGGAAUUGGAAAUGAAGAGUAUGAGAUAAUGAAGGAUAUUCUCUUACCACUCGGCCGUGUUCCUCAGUUUGCUAGCCGAAGCGGCGCGUAG